AUAUAUAUAUAUAUAUAUAUAAGUGGGAUGGUGCCUGUUUGAAGAGUAAGUACAUUGCACAAGUAACAUGUACUAGGUAUAUUCUUUGUCAAGUUAUAAGAAAUGAGAAUAGCUAGGAAAUGCUCAUAUUGUGGAAACUUUGGUCACAAUUCAAGGACUUGCAAUAACAGUCUCAAAGAGCAAUUUCAUCUUUAUUCUUCUUCACCUUCAUAUUUGCCAACAAAAAGGAGUAUCAGAAAGAACUACCUGCCAUCAUCGCGGACCUCUUUGUCAAUAGCCUCCUCCUGGCCUACCCUGUUUGGUUCAAAUGAAAAUUCAGAUAGUUGCGUAAGAAACUGGCACACAUCAACAAUUAGACCCAGUAAAAAAGGUAUGCCGUGGACCGAGGAGGAGCACAUGAUAUUUCUUAGAGGACUUGAGAAGCUUGGGAAGGGUAACUGGAGAGGUAUAUCUAGAGAUUUUGUAACAACAAAAACACCAACCCAGGUGGCUAGUCAUGCACAAAAACAUUUUCUCCGUCAGUCUCAGAAUAGUUUGGUCAAUAGAAGAAAACACCAUCUUAGCCUCCAUAAUGUGGGAUGUGAAAAACCAGGAAUAAAUUUGACUCCAAAUGAUAUCAGCUGCAUAAGCCAACUAAGUGGAAGUAGAAAUUUUCUUUCUCAGUUGCUUUCUCAUCCUCAACAUUCAAUGCUGAAAUGGCCCAACUCUUCAACAUCAACGAAUUGUACUCCUCAUAGUGCAGCACCUGAUUUAGAACUCAAACUUGCAACUCCCAUGCCAUUAGAGCCAACAUCCCCUUAAGCUAACCAGUAGUGCAUGUGACUACUGAUUUGGAACAGUUGUGCUAAUUUAUGUAGCAUUGAAUUUCAUGAAAUAAAAUAGAGAAUGGAAAGUAUACCAUAUUUUAAAAUAAAGAAUAUAAUGGAAUGAUUUGAGGUCUUGACAUUUGCAAGUUAUAGAAUGGAAUGAUUGUUUUUUUUCCAAUCUAUACAAACCAAUAUAAUUCAUUUAUUAUAAAUACUCUCUUGGUCCCAAAUUGUAAGCGAAAUGAGUCAAACAAUAUUGAUAUAUUUGAUUUGAAAUUUUAAACCCGAUAUGUACUAGUACCUUGUGAUUGUUUGACUCUUCAAAAAACAAACUUCACUAUCCUUACCUUUGAAUGAAUUUGAAUAUUGAAAAACAAACAAAUAAAUAACAGACAGAAGUAACCAUAAUCCAACUAUAUAUAAUAUUCAACUGUAUUAGGAUAAGAUUGGAAUUACGAAUAAGGUUGUUUUGAGUGUAAAUAAAUACCAGUAAG